UCAUAAAAGAAAUAUUCCUUGUAGUACAUGUUAUUGAAAAAUAAUAAUCAUACCUUUUCUAUUCUAGCUUAGGACCACUCCUCGAUCUUUAAAGGAUGCUUUUUCAUCUUCUCUAAAUUCACCUCCCCAUAACUCCUCUCUCUCUCUCUCGCCUGCUAUUUUCACACAGACAUAACUGUGUGAAGAUUCAGUCUGCUACUCACUCACACACUCAAUAACAACAUAUAUAGAUUAUUUAAUUUUAAUUAGCGCCUCUCUCUGAAAUAACAAAGAUUCUUCAGCCUGCCAUUUUCACACACACAAACAUAAGCUGUGAAGAUUCAGUCACACACAUAAAUUUUAGCCUGCUAUUUCACACUCUCUCACUGUGACUUGUGUCUAUUAUUUUCUCUCUCUCUCUCUCUCACACACACAAGAGUAAAAUAAGAAGAGUAGCAGUUGAUAAAAAUGGAAUCUCAUGUGGCAGCAACAGAAGAAGAAGAAUACAUAGACAUGGAGCUAAGGUGUUCCCCCCAACUCAAAGAAUUCGAGUUCCAAUAUUUGUCCACCUCCACCUCCACCUCCGCCGCCGACGAACUCUUCUACAAAGGCAAACUCCUCCCCCUCCACCUCCCGCCGCGCCGCCAGAUGCUCCCAUACAACAUUUCUCCAUCAGAAUCUUGCAGAGCGAGCUGCGACCUCAACCCUAGCGACGCUCUCUUUGAAUUCAGCAAUCACCCAAGAAACACUUCCUCUUCCUCCUCCAAGAAGCUCAAAAUCAACCACUCCUUUCUCGCCCACAAGCUCAAAUCUUCCACCGCCUACCUCAAAUCUUUCUUCACCAAAUCGGAUCUUAAAUACUCCAGAUUCGGGAAGAAGCUCGCCACUCUGAUCAAGAAGAAUGAAAUCGAUGAUCACAGGAGAUCCUUUUCCGGCGCCAUCAGUAGUGCGGAUUUAUCUUCCACCUCCUCCACGGCCUCCUCAUCCUUCAAUUCGCAUGAGCUGCACUUUCUCCGCCGGACCAGCAGCGCCGCCGAGAUUGAGGUUUCCAUUGAUGCAGCUAUUGCUCAUUGCAAGAAAUCUAUGCUUGAUUCUUCUCUCUCGUCUUCAAAAUGUGAGUGAUCCAGUCCAUGUUAUAAUAUUGAAAUUUUGUAUGGAUGUUUCAUCAUCUUUGCAGUUUCUUGUGAUUAAUUUCAUCUUCUGAUAUCCAAAAGAUUUGUCGUA